AUGACAUCUCCACUUGCAACCACAUUCGACUGUCCUAACACCAGGAAGAAUAAACGCGAUUAUGCUGCGCUUCACAAAUAUGGCCUCCUUGAAGAGGAUAUCCCACUUCCGCGACCUCGAAAAAAGACGGUGGUCCGGUCUGCUCUUAACUCACCAAAUACUCCGGUUUCAACCUCUCUGACCUCUCCGAAUGCUCCCAGCAACGUUUCUAUCAGCUUAUCGAAUCUUGACACGGAUAUAGGCCCUUCACAAUCAAUAUCUCAGGUUGAAUGCGAGACUGAGUGUGUCGAAAUCAAGCAGAGAGACGGUAUUAGGUUGAAAGAGCGUAGCUGGGUGUGGAAAUACUACCAAACAACGACUGAAUCUGGUACGUGGAGAUUAGGAGAUAAGGAGCGGCCCGAGCUUAAACAUCGGUGUAUUGUAUCACCAUCUACAUGUCGAUUCUUCCGAUUUGCAUCGAAACUACGAUCUUCAACCACAGCGUUGAAACAGCACCUGCAGCAGACCCACAAGCUCUUCCAGGACGGUCAAUCAGAGCGCCAAGGGCCGUUAAGCUCAUGGAUUGCCAAAGAAAAAAAGCUCCCAUUCGAAGAGGCUAUCUUGGAUUGGAUUAUAUCUACCUGUCAGCCGUUUACAUGUGUCGAGCAACCUUCAUUCAAGGCUAUGCUGAGUUCCAUGGACUUUGAGGAGUCUAUACCAGGUGCGGACACGGUUUCGCGCCGAUUAAAUCUCCGGCUUGAUGCUCUUGACAGUGAACUCCGAAUCUUGAUGGCUUCAGCGCCCUCAAUCGCGCUAUCUCUGGAUGGCUGGACAAGCCAGAAUUCAUUACCAAUGCUAGCAAUCAAUGCUCACUGGAUGUCACCUACUUUCCAGCAACAUCGAGCUUGUAUUGAGUUUGUUGAGAUCACAGGCAGCCAUUCUGGAGAGAACCUUGCUAAUAUUGUUGCGACGGUUCUUGAGAGAUUUCAUAUAUCUGAUAUAGUUAUGACCAUUACAGCUGACAACGCAUCUAACAAUGAUACACUACACCGAUGUCUUUUCCAAAGGCUAUGUCAGCGGUACGAUGAGUACCUGGCCGAAACUGUUAUUCGAGAAGGGACGAUGAAGUUCACCCAGAACUCCCAAAUCCGCUGCUUUGCUCACAUUCUCAAUCUGGUUAUGAAAAAAGUAUUGAGGUCGUUACGCGUCAGUUCACAUAGGGAAGCUUGUGACUUCCUUGAUGAUGUCACUAAGAGGAGCUGGAAGACAAUGACUGUUCCUACUUCCCCGAUUGCAAAGCUUCGGCUACUUGUCCUUUGGAUUGCGCGAUCUCCGCAGCGAAUACAGAAGUGGGAUAAUCGGCCUGGCUGUACAAAAGCCAUUCACUACGAAGUUGAUACUCGAUGGAACUCUACUUUUGUUAUGAUUGAGAGAGCUGAAGAGUGUCGCCGGCAGCUCGAAGAUACAGUCAACGAUGAGCCAGAUAUUGAAGCCUUACGCCUCACACCUAACGAUUGA